UCAUUCACCAAAUGAAACCGCUUCCUCUGAAAUUUCUCUCUCACACACACACUCGAUUCUCUCGCUAUAAAUAUUCUCCCUCUCUAAACGGUUUUCCAUCUCUAAUUUCUAUUUUCUUUUGAAAUUCAUAAGAAAAAACUACCUGGGUUUCAAUGGGAGAGGCUGUUCAGAAGAAGAAAAAGAACGAGAAUGAGAACAAUGGAGAUGGAGGAGGAGGUGGGAAGAAAAAGGAAGAGAUUCCAUUCACUGUUGUUCUUAAGAUCGACAUGCAUUGUGAAGGAUGUGCCAACAAAAUCACCAAAUGUGUUAAAGGAUUUGAAGGUGUACAGUCUGUGAAAGCUGAGAUUGAUGGCAACAAAUUGACAGUAACGGGGAAGAAAAUAGACGCAACGAAACUCCGUGAGAAACUUUCAAAUAAGACGAAGAAGAAAGUGGAUUUGAUUUCACCACAGCCCAAGAAGGAAAAGGACUCGAAGCCCAAAGAUAAGAUCGACGAUGACCAGACUUCUUCCAAUAACAACAAAUCCGACAAGAAAACGGAUGAGAAUAAGAAGAAAUCCAAAGAGCCGCCGGUGACGACGGCUGUGUUGAAGGUUUCAUUACACUGUCAAGGCUGUAUAGAGAAGAUUCAGAGAGUAACAACGAAAUUCAAAGGCGUUCAAGAGAUGUCAGUGGACAGACAAAAGGAUUUGGUGACAGUGAAAGGCACAAUGGAUGUUAAGGCCUUAAGUGGUAGCUUAACUGAGAGACUAAAACGGCCCGUUGAAAUUGUCCCAAUGAAGAAGGAGAAGGAUAAUAACAAAAACGAAGGUGGCGGCGGUGGCGGCGACAAGAAAGACCCUGCUGCCACCGGCGAUGGCAAUGGCAAUGGCAAUGGCGGAGGUAAGAAGAAAAAGAAAGGCGGUAACGGUGGUGGCGGCGGUGGCGACGGAAAUGGUGGGGAAGAUGGAUGUGGAGGUAAAAUGGAAGGGAACAAAAUGGAGUAUAUGGGAAUGGUAGGAAUAGGGUAUGGACACGGAUACGGAUACGGGUACGGGCCGGGUGGGCUUGUGGGGGAGAAUUUACACGCACCACAAUUGUUUAGUGAUGAGAAUCCAAAUGCUUGUUUUAUAAUGUAAGAAUGAAUUUGGGGAAGAGAAGAAGAGAGGAGUGUAAAAAGUGAGAAUAGUUUUUAGUAGUAGGAAAGAAAAAAAGAAGAAAUGGGGUUUUUGUUUGGUUAGUGAGAAAGUUAAGAGAGAAAAUGAAGGAAAAUCCAAUGGCUAAUUGGUAAAUUUGCUUAAUUUUGUAGGGAAUCAAUGGAAGGGUUUGUUUGUUGUUA